GUUGCCCGGGAGCCGAGGCCGCGGAGCCGCCGCCCACAGCCGCGGUCCCUGAUAGUGAGUGAUUUCAAACUCCCCGAAGCCGCAGUCGGCAGCGUCCCGGUACUCCUCGCCUCGGGCCAUAGCUGUCGGUCGGGCUCGGGGAUCGGGCUGGUAAUCUAGGCAGGAGCGGGAGGCGUCAACUUGGAGGAGAAGAAAGUGUAUCUUGUGUUGACUGAUGUGGACUACAGACACAUUGUGAAGAAAACAAACUGCACAUAAAUAAAUAUUACCAGGAUACCAAGACUACAGAAAUACUCUUCAGUAUUUUCAUGAAUCUGUAAAAUUAUGUGACUAGCGGCCAUUUUUCCAAACGAUGGGGGAAAGAGCCGGAAGUCCAGACACCGAUCAGGAAAGACAGGCGGGCAAGCACCAUUACUCUCCCUAUUCAUCUGACUUUGGGUCCUCAGCACAGUCUUCUGACCAUUCGUCACCCCUCAACCUGCUUUCGUGUCCAAGUACGAAGGAGAAGAAUCCCAAAAGACAGUUGUCAGAGAACCAGGUACAUCACCAAGUCCUUAGGAAAGUUAGCCCUAAGGCUAUACCCAGCAAAAAGGGAGCCCGAGUCGGAUUUCGGUCCCAAAGCCUCAACAGAGAGCCGCUUCGAAAAGAUCCUGACAUUGUUACAAAGCGAGUUCUUUCUGCAAGGCUUCUGAAAAUCAACGAGCUGCAGAACGAAGUGUCUGAACUGCAGGUCAAGUUAGCCCAGCUGCUCAAAGAAAACAAGGCCUUGAAAAGUCUUCAGUUUCGUCAGGAGAAAGCGCUGAAUAAGUUUGAAGACGCAGAGAGUGAAAUCUCGCAACUUAUACUGCGUCAUAACAAUGAGAUUACUGCACUCAAAGAACGCUUAAAGAAAUCUCAGGAGAAAGAGCGGGCGACGGAGAAAAGGGUGAAGGAUACAGAAGGUGAACUAUUUAGGACGAAGUUUUCCUUGCAGAAACUGAAAAAAAUCUCUGAGGCUAGGCACCUCCCAGAACGAGAUGAUUUGGCCAAGAAACUGGUUACGGCAGAGUUAAAAUUAGAUGACACUGAGAGAAAAAUUAAGGAGCUUUCAAAGAACCUCGAGCUGAGCACUAACAGCUUCCAGAGGCAGUUGCUUGCUGAACGGAAAAGGGCGUUUGAGGCCUACGAUGAAAACAAAGUUCUUCAAAAGGAGCUGCAGCGGCUCUAUCACAAGUUAAAGGAAAAGGAGAGAGAACUGGAUAUAAAAAACAUAUACGCUAAUCGUCUGCCGAAGUCCUCUCCAAAGAAAGAAAAAGAAGUUAUUGCAAGAAAAAACGUAUCAUGCCAGAGUGACUUUACAGACCUGUGUACAAAGGGAGUGCAGACCACUGAAGACUUUGAGCUAGAAGAGUUUCCCAUUACACCACAGACAGUUCUGUGUUAUGAAAACAAAUGGAAUGAAACAGAGUAUCUUUCUUCGUACCUGGAAUACCACGAGCAAAGCGAGCGUGAAGCAGAGAUUCUACAUCCAGCUUUGGAAAAAGAAGAAACGUGCAGUGAGGAUCCCGAGGGAAGCCCUGGCAAGCAGGAGGCCAGGAAGCCUGAGAGUGACUGGGAACGAGAAGACCUUGAUAAAGUGAAGGGUAAGUCCUCUUUGCUAGGAAGAGCAGAGAAGCCAGCACUGGACGCUGGAAGGUUCCAAGUGGAAACGUCUCAAACUCAGAAUGCUGAUAAACUUGAGGACGAGGCAGAAAAACUAAAGACAGAAAUGCUUCUUGCCAAACUGGACGAAAUCAACCAAGAACUCCAGGAUCCGCAGAACCUCAACCGCCCCCCUUUGCCCUUGCUCCCCAACUUUGAAUCAAAACUGCUGUCUCCAGACAGAAGCCCCAAAUCAUACACAUUCUCUGAGUCUUCAGACAGAUUUAACGGACAUCAUUUGUCAAACAUGAGUUUUUUAAGUCCCAGAGGAGAAGGCCGGAGCCCAGGACCAGUUCGAAGCCCAGGCCCUCUAGAUGAGUUUGCAUUUGGUAGCUAUGUGCCUUCGUUUGCAAAAAUGCCAGGGAAGUCAAAUCCACUUAGCCAAAAAAGUAGCCUUUUAGAUUUCCAGAACAACGGUUUGGAAAGCCCAAGUAAAGACAAUGUAGAUUUCGUUUUGAGGAAAGAGAAAAAGGCGAACCUGAUGGAGGAGCUGUUCGGUGCCACCGCCGCCACCGCCGCCACCUCCGCCACCGGAUCCUCCAAGAGUGGUGGUGACCCAAACUUUCUGGCUGCCAGCAGAGGAGACUUGGACUCUCUUCAUUUCCCCUCUGGCGAUAAAAGCAGCAGAGUUCGGGAGCCUGAUGAUGAAGAUCAAGACUUUUUCCUCAGUGAGGGAAGAAGUUUUAAUCCCAACAGGCAGCGGCUGAAGCAUACAAGCAAUAAGCCAACGGUCAAAGCUGCUGACCCUGUUGACGAGGACAUUGAAGAGGUCACCCUCCGAUGACUGACUGGAGCACGCAGUAUAUAUAUGUGUAUAUAUUUUAAAUUGUAAAUAUUAAAGAAUUUGAAUGCAGUAUUUAUUACAAACAUUUUAACUUUUAAUGGUAAAAUAGCCUUAUUAGGGAAGAAUUCUUAGCAGCUAACUGUGGUACAAUUCAGCAGAUAGAGCCAUACCACACAACCAGGUUGCUAAGAAUGGUUUUUUUGUUUGUUAGUUUUGAAAUGACCCAAAGGGAGAGUUGUUGCUUCCUUUUCUCUGUUUUUACAGCUGGUCUCACUCACUGAGCUGGCCCCUGUGGGAAGUCUAGCUUUACUAGAAUCUGUAUUUCCUACCUUUACCUCUGUUUAUCUUGGGUCAAAUCUCACUGAGCCUAAGUAUUGUCUUCCCACUGAGGGUGAGAUGGAAAUUAAAGGUCUCCGGUGAAGACCCCAGGUAGCAGAGAGUGGUGGGACUUAGGAGCUGUGCCCUUGUCUGAGGUGACAAACUACUCCUGAGUGUCUGGGGUGCUUACCACGGUAUGCAGUGAGGUAUUACUCCUGAGGAGCACAGUGUCGUGCCCUCUUUUUGUACACUCUGUAUUCUGGUGACCAGUGGAAGAUUCCCUACCAAAUACAGGAAGUAGAAGAAAUGUCAGCCCAACACAGAAUGAUUUUCAACUCAAUUAUGUUUCCAGAGCCCUAUUUUUGGAAGUUUUAAUACAUAAUUUUAAGAUUUGAACUUGUGCUCAAACCCAGGAGACAGAAGAGUGAUACUCCUGGGUUUACAGGACUGAUGUUGAAGCAACCGUGGUUAGAAAUGUUUAGAAUCGGGACACCUGCUGUCCCGAGUAGACUCAAUAGCUUUCUGUUGAAGGGCACAGUUUCCUUCCACUUAGUUCAAGCCAGAUGCAGAGGCAUUUGCUUAAUAGGACUGGUCUUCUGGACGUAUCAGCCAAGGAGAAACACUGUAUGUAAUGGCGUAACCUGAGCAUGCAACCAUCUGUUCAUGGUGUGGGUCCUAUGCUAGCUAUGCAUUCACACUGACUGGGGGCAGGAGUUCCCAUGGUAUCUGGGGUUCCUCUAAAUGCUGAUAAGACAUUACCUGGUUAGGUCUCUCAUUCCCAGCUGCACAGCCUGCCACCUCCUGGAUCGGCUUCUUGUCACUUACUGGGAACAGACUCCUUAAAGUGCUAAAUAAUAUUCAAAACUUUUCUCAAAGGAUUUUAGAUCUUCUGUGAAUAAGCAUUUACUAUAUUGCAAAUCAUUGUAAUAUAUGUAAACAUGUUAUUUGUGAUGCAGUUCUUGAUAAAAAAACAUUAUGCAAUGUUAAUUUUGUUCAUGGCUGUAAGUUUUCUACCAAAGUAUUCUAAAUUUUAAUGUUUUUAAACUUUUUCAGAAAAAUUUUUAUUCAUUACUUUAAUUAGAUUUAUGCCUUUUUUUUCUACCUGGAAGUUUGUUUAACCCAAUGUGCAAAGAAUUAUUAAAAUUAAAACAAAUUAAGUUAAAAGCUUAAAAGCAUUAUGAUGUUUAGUAUUAGAAUUGGCUAUUAAAAUGUACAGAACUUAGAGAACAAAUCAGUUUUUUUCUAAAUGUCAAGUUAAAUUUAUUUGUACUCAGAACUCUUACUAAUAAA